UAAUGCCUGUAAUGAAUAAACAAAAUGUCAUAGAAAAUAAAAAUUAAUAAAAAAGUAUUAAAAGUACUAAUAUUCUUUCGUUUUUGUACAAAAAGUUGCUUUCAUACAGUAGUUAAAUUUCAUAAUGUUUAAAAACACAUUUCAAUCUGGUUUUUUAUCAAUAUUAUACAGCAUAGGAAGUAAACCAUUACAAAUUUGGGAUAAAAAAGUUAGAAAUGGGCAUAUUAAACGAAUUACGGACAAUGAUAUUCAAAGCUUAGUUUUGGAAAUUGUUGGGACGAACGUUUCAACAACAUUCAUAACAUGUCCAGCUGAUCCCAAAAAAACUCUUGGAAUAAAACUUCCGUUUUUAGUGAUGAUAAUAAAAAACUUAAAAAAGUAUUUUACUUUUGAAGUCCAGGUUCUUGAUGAUAAAAAUGUAAGGCGACGAUUUAGGGCUAGCAACUAUCAAUCUACAACAAGAGUUAAACCUUUCAUUUGUACAAUGCCAAUGCGAUUAGAUGAAGGAUGGAAUCAAAUUCAGUUUAAUUUGUCGGAUUUCACAAGGAGAGCUUAUGGAACUAAUUAUGUUGAGACUUUACGAGUACAAAUACAUGCAAAUUGCAGAAUAAGAAGAGUUUAUUUUUCUGAUCGACUUUAUGCUGAAGAUGAGUUACCCCCUGAGUUUAAAUUAUUCCUGCCUAUCCAAAAACCUUCACAAAAGUCUGUGAAUCAGCCGAGUAUAUGUUGAACGUGUUCUACCUUAUCUAAAAAAAAAUCACAUUAAAAUUUUGAUCUGUAAUUUUAGUCCAAAAAUAAUGGCUCAAAAUAUAAAAAAUAAAAUUGAACUU